AUGGCUGCAAGCGCAGCUUCUUCUCAGCAUACGAUAGCGAACCGCACGGAGGAAAUAGAAGAUCCGAUGGAGACGUCGCAGGCCCCGUCCCAAAGGAACAGCUUCCAAAUCCUCGUGGCCCUGGGAAGCAUCGUUCCCUGGACUCUGGUUGCCUCCAUAGGCAGCGGCAUGCUGACGCCUCUCAGCACAUAUGUCAGCUUGAACUUUUUCGCACAAAGGCACACGGACAUCCCUCCGCAAGAGCUUACAUGUCAGAUUGACAUGAGCCCCCAACACUGCCAACUGGCACUGGUGGAUGGCAACCGGCUGGUGACUGUGUUGGCUUUCAUCAUGCCCCUGUGCCAGUUUGUCACGCUGCCAUUGGUUGGCGUUCUUAGCGAUGCCUAUGGCCGCAAGAAGACGAUUUUGGCAGUUUAUUGCCUCUCGAAUGUGACUUUGGUAUUCACCGAUCUGUUCAUAUUCUUCAAUGUCUCUUAUUGGUUUGCCAUAGCACUCAACCCCUUCCUCAAUGCCCAGCUCGUCACCACCGUUCUGAACUCCACGUGCGUGGACCUAUUGGAAAGCCACGAGAGAUCGGCAGGAAUAGCUCUCAUCUCUUCGAUGGAUACCGUGGCGUAUGUGAUAGGCUUGCUGGUGGGAAUGCAUUUUACUUUGCAUCAGACCUUUCUGAUUGCAAGUUGCAUUGUUCCGUGUUGCAUCGUUUGGUGCAUCUUCGUCUUUCCGGAAACGCUACCUCCGGAGAAGCGUACGCUGUCCAUAAACUAUCGGAGUCUCUUGCCAUGGGAUCCACUACCGAUUUUGUGGCGAACCGGCACGCUGGCGCGCUUGUCGCUUGCCACGGCGAUCGCGGCAUUUGUGGAUGAAAGCAGCUCCCGGAUGAUGGGGACCUAUUACCAGCGCGUGAUGAAUUGGACUGCGCAGGACAGCUACUGGUUCGAGACAUACUGGGACUUCAGCAUGAUUGUAUGGUUGACCUUCAUUUUCGGCCUUCUUGUCCUCUACAUCGGAGAGAUUGGAACCAUGGCCUUCGGCCGACUAAUAGGCAGCGUCUACUGCUUCAUUGCAGUCUUUAUCAGAAGGCCUUCGCUGGCAAUGAUCAACUGCCUCAUCUGUGCAGGGCCGAUGACCUUCGCUUUGCCAGCAGUGGCGGGGUUGAAGAGCCGGCUCGUCGGUGAGAGCGAGCAGGGCCGAAUGCAGGCAGCGAUCAGCACGGUCUACAUCGUCUCCGGGAGCUGCGGGUCCAUUCUCGGAGGAUUUAUCUUCGAAGCAUUUGGCAAUGUCAAUGCCCAGGGAACAUUUGACAAGAUGUACCUCGUGGCACUCUUUCUCGUCGUGCUGAACAUUGCAGGAAUGUUGGUAUCUUUUGCGUUGUUCUACGACCUGUUUGGAAGAACUCACCACCUCAUGGACGAGCGCGCCAGACAACUGUUUCCAAGCAUGAAGCGACAAUUGUCAGAGGAUGCAAUGCUGGCCGCAGGGCUCGAGAAUAGCCCCGAGACGCAGACAACGUAUGGAAGCACUAGCGCGGCUUAG